GGCUGUGGCGCGGCGCGGCGCGGCUUAUCCCCUUCACCUCUAGCGAGCGAAGGCUGAAAGUGCCCUUUUUGACUAAAAUUAGACGCUUUCAGGGUGUUUUUUCCUCACCAGGGGAAAAAAAGCCCCGCGGUUCUUGGCCUGUGCAGCCCCCUCGCUGGUUUCGCAAGAGCCUUUCCCCACGCUCACCUCAGCCAUGGUGAUGUUCAAGAAGGUGAAGACCUUCCUGAUGGCCUUCAGCGAGCCUGAGAAGGUCUACUGCAGUGGGGAGAAGGUGGCCGGGCGCGUGUUGGUGGAGGUGGCCGAGGUCACUCGCGUCAGCGCCGUCAAGGUGCUGGCCUGCGGGGUGGCCAAAGUCAACUGGGCCAAGGGCCCCCAGCAGUGCAGGCAGGAGAUGGAGUACCUGCGCUUCGAGGACGUCCUCACCCUGGAGGAGCAGCCCACUGAUGGGGACGGCUCUGUAAUCCUGAGACCCGGGAACAAAUACGAGUACAAAUUCGGCUUCGAGCUUCCCCAGGGGCCUCUGGGCACCACCUUCAAGGGAAAGUACGGCUGUGUGGAUUAUUGGGUGAAAGCCUUCCUGGAGCGCCCGUCCUUUCCCACUCAGGAGAUAAAGAAGCGCUUCGAGGUCAUGGAUCCUGUCGACGUGAACACUCCGGAGCUGCUGUCCCCGAUUGCUGCCAAGAAGGAGAAGAAGGUGUCCUGUAUGUUCAUUCCCGACGGCCGCGUGUCGGUCAGCGCCCAGAUCGACAGGAAAGGGUUUUGUGAAGGUGACGAGAUCUGCAUCAACGCCGACUUCGAGAACACUUGCUCCCGCAUUGUGGUGCCCAAAGCGGCCAUCGUCGCCAAGCACACCUACCUGGCCAACGGCCAGACCAAGGUCUUCACCCAGAAACUCUCCUGCGUCCGAGGCAACCACAUCAUCUCGGGCAUGUCCGAGUCCUGGCGGGGCAAAACCAUCCGCGUCAAGAAGCUCAAACCGUCCAUCUUGGGCUGCAACAUCCUGCGCGUGGAGUAUUUCCUGCAGAUCUACGUCAGCGUCCCCGGCUCCAAGAAGAUCAUCCUGGAGCUGCCCCUCGUCAUCGGCAGCCGCUCGGGCAUCGGCAGCCGCAGCUCCAGCAUGGCCAGCCAGACCAGCUCCGAGAUGAGCUGGGUGGACCUGAACCUCCCCGACGCUCCGGAAGCUCCCCCCUGCUACCUGGACAUCGUUCCCGAAGACCACCGCCUGGAGAGCCCCACCACGCCGCUCCUGGAUGAUCCCGACAGCUUCGACAGCCCCAUCUUCAUGUACGCCCCCGAGUUCAAGUUCAUGCCGCCCCCCACCUACACGGAGGUGGACCCCUGCGUCGCCAACAACAACGUGCAGUGAGUGCCGAGUCAAGGGCUAACUCUCCCGCUUGUUCUUGGACUCUUGGCUCCACCGUGACGGGGGCCUUGCGGCAGCGCGGACCUCGCCCGGCGCGCCCCGCUGCCGGAGGAGCGGCCGCUUGAGGGGCACGGGUGUCCCGGCGGCUCCCGGCGGUGAGCGUGGAAGAGGUGGUGAAGUCUGAGUCUGUGUUCCCUCCCGUGCGGGCUGUGCCGAGGAACCCUGGCGUGGCCCAGGGCUGGCUUCGCACCUCGCUCGCAGCCAAAGUCUUCCGAAAAAACCCCAGACUACCGAGGCGCUUCGGUGGGAAGCAGCGGGAGAAUCCUGAGGCGGAGCCGGGGAGGUGCAAAGGCCUCAAAGGCCUGCGCGGCACCCCCCGAGGAGAGGCGGAGUCCGGCCGAAAAAGACUUCCAAAAACCAGGCGUUCCGUCAGAAAACGCCUUCGACCGACGCGGGCGCCGCCUGUCCCCGCGCCUCGGUUCCCCGCCUGUCCCGGAGAAGCUGACCCCGUCCCAGCAGUGCUGCCCCGCAUGCCGGCCCGUUCUCUCUCUAGAAUUCCGGUCGGAAGCUCGGCUCCCCGGUUCCACAUCCGUGGCGUUGAUCCCCGUGUGUUACCUUCUCAGCCCACGGAAGCUGACAGAGUCCCUAGUCCCUCGAUCCCCGUCGGUAACCGCCACACCGGCCUCCCCUGGUCGCCGGUUCCGCUGGCCUGGGCAGCACUGCGGGGGCCGAUGGCAUCCCGCCGGAGACGCCAGCCGGCGCUCCCCCUGUCCCAGCAGAAUUCCCACCCGGUUCCCUCUUACCGUCACCACGCAAGCUGUCCUGACCAAAAGCUUGUCCAAACCUGGCUCAUCCCGGCGGAACCCAAGCCGGGGGGCUGGCUCUUCCCGGUGCGGGGGGCGUGAAGAGCGCCUGCAUCCCGCCGGCUGCCUCGGGCGGUGGAAGCCGCGACCGGCGAUCACGAAAAACUCCUUUUCUACUCUUUUGUACGUGGGGUUUUGGGGGAAAAGCGAAGGAAGUGUCUAUUUUGUAUGGCCGUGCACGCGCCCCGGGCGGGCCGUGGUUUUAAUAAAGAUCUCUCUCCCUGA